AUGUCAGCAAGCACGGACACCAACACUGUCGAAGCACCUCGCCAGGGCCAGCUUCAGGGCAAGGUUGCUUUGGUAACAGGAGCGGGCAUGGGCUUUGGAUCGGCCAUAACCAAAAAGUUCCAUCGAGAAGGCGCCAAAAUUGUCGCCGUGGACAUCAGCCCUGCACUCUCGGACAGCGUGGUCGAGGCUUACCCGGACGGCAGUGUCGUGCCCGUCAUCGGCGACGUCUCCAAGGCCGACACGUGGAACAAGGCCCUUGAGACGGCGUUGGACAAGUUCGGCAAGCUCGACAUCGUCGUCAACAACGCCGGAGUCAUCUACGACAACACGCCGAGCCACGAGGUCGAGGAGGAAGAAUUCGACCGUCUCAUGCGCAUCAACGUCAAGUCCCUCUUCUGGAGCUGCAAGGUCAUUGUCCCGUAUCUCCAGAAACGCGGAGAAGGCGGCAACUUUGUCAACCUGUCGAGCACGGGGGCCUCGAGACCGAGACCCGGUGUGACAUGGUAUUCGACGACAAAGGGCGCCGUGAGUAUAAUGACCAAGAGCUUGGGCGUGGAAUACGCCCCCAACAAGAUCCGAUUCAAUGCCAUCCUCCCCGCCCUGGGAGAAACUGCAAUGCUGCCCAAGGUUCUAGGGAAACCAGACACGGCGGAGAAUCGCGCUCCCAUUCUAGCCUCCAUCCCUCUCGGAAGGUUUACAGAGGGCACAGACGUGGCCAACGCCGCCAGUUUCCUCGCGAGUGAUGACGCUUCCUUCAUUACUGGUAUAUGCAUGGAGGUCGAUGGGGGGAGGUGUAUAUGA